AUGCUUCGUGGUAGACCCCCUUUAAAAGAAAUUCGUAAACAUUUUGAAAAAAUUGAAGAAACUGAUAAUCGAAAAACAGCUCGUCAAAGAUGUAAACAUUGUGGAAAUAGUAUUAUAGACUUAAUUGAUCGAUUGAAAAAUCAUUUAAUUAAGUGUAAAAAACUUCCAAAUCAUAUGAAAGAUUCAUUAUAUUAUAAAAUACAAAAUAAUUCAUUUGACUCGGAUUCAGAAGAUUUCAAUAUGAGCUCAUUUGAUCAAAAGAAUGCCGAUAAAACAUUGGCAAAAUUUUUCUAUUCGACUGGUAUUGCUUUUACAGCAAUCGAAAAUCCGUUUUGGCAUGAAUUUAUGAAAAUUGUACAACCAACUUAUAUUAGUCCAAACCGACGAAAUUUGGCCAAUAAUUUAUUGGAUGCAGAAUAUCAAAUUGAACAAGAAGAUUUGAAAAAAAUUUUGGAAAAUACAUCAACUAUUACUUUGGCAUCGGAUGGAUGGUCUAAUAUUCGGCAAGAAUCAGUUUUAAAUUUUAUUUUAUAUCUUCCUAAUGCUAAACCUGUAUUUUAUGAUGCUAAAUAUACAGGUUCUGAGUCUCAUACAGCAGAAUAUAUUUAUAACGAAAUUAAAUCUGUUAUUGAGACUAUUGGAUCAUCCAAAUUUGUUGGAGUUAUUACUGAUAAUGCCAAUACGAUGCGUGCUGCUUGGAAACGAUUAAAUCAAGAUUAUCCAAAAUUAAUUUGUCUAGGAUGUAAUGCACAUAUUGGACAUUUAUUAGUUAAAGAUAUUAUUAAACACGAAAAGAUAGAUAAAUUAAUGAUUCAAGUAAAACAAAUCAUUAAUUUUUUUCAUUCGCAUCAAAAAGAAGAGGCAAUACUAUCAAGUCAACCCAAUUCAAUACGUUUAAUUCAACCAAGUGAUACUCGUUGGGGAACUUAUUUGGCUUCAAUUCAAUCUAUUCGCAGAAAUAAAUUAGGACUCCAAAUGACCAUUAUACAACAUGGAAUUAGCAACAAAAUCAAUCAUAAUCUUCGAGAACAAAUUUUGGGUGAUACGUUAUGGGAAGACUUAGACAAACUAGCAUCUUUUUUAGAACCGUUUAUCAAACUUAUAUUUUUAUUUGAAUCUGACACACUUUUACUUUCUCAUGCAUAUGAUGAAUGGCAAAAACUUCGGGAAUUAAUUAAUAUACAAAAUUUAGAAUUAGACUUCAAAUCAUAUAUUAUUUCUUUAAUUGAUAAACGGUUCGAAUUUGCUUUUCAUCCUGCAAUGGCAAUUGCAAAUUUAUUGGAUCCUAGAUAA